AUGGUGGUCGAAGACGCAGAGGACUCUAGUUCUUUAUCAGAAUCUUUCUCGAGCAACUCCACCAGCUCAGAUGAUGAGAGUCAAGUCUUGAUGGCUCAAGAUGCUGAAAGUGUGGCUGACAACAACGUCAACAGCUACGACAACGGCAUCGACGGGUUUGAGGGUAAAUCUAGGAAACAAAGCAAGAAUAAAGAAGGAGGAAAAGUGCCAAAGCAUACCUGGUACCUAGACAGUGGAUGUUCCAAACACAUCACUGGAUACAAAGAGUAUCUUACCUACUAUGUUUCUGGUCUUAAACAUAACCUUUUAUUUGUGAGCCAAUUUUGUGACAACGGAUUCUCUAUGAAAAUCAAGAAAGAUGAAUUCAUAGUGAAAAACAGCAAGAAGAAGUUGAAGAAGGGUGCUCAUGAACGUCGUAGUCUGGCGGCGCCUUUGAGAAGUUCUUGCAGUGAGUUUUGUGCUUUCAUCGAGGCUUCGGAUAUGAUUGAAUCUCCUUCCUCUGGCAUUCGUCUUACAUGGUCUGGUCAGAGAUUACUUCCUCGGCACGUUGAGUCUAGAUUGGACAGGGCGCUUUUCUCUAUUGGUUUUGCGAACUUGUGGGCCUCGAUUAACACCCAUGCUCUUCCUAGGCUUACUUCUGAUCACUCUCCCUUGAUUUUCCAAUGCAGCGAUGAGAUGGGUAAAGGGAGACGUUUCAAAUUUUUGAAUAUGUGGACUUCUCAUCCGAACUUUCUUGAAAGAGUGGAGUCUUCCUGGGCGGCGGCAGCUGACGUCCGUUGUCCGAUCUUUAAAGUCAUGUUCAAGCUCCGUCGGCACAGAACUGAUCUAAGGGAAUGGAAUAAAGAUGUGUUCGGGCAGGUGGAUAUGCAGAUCAAUUCGGAACAACACUCCUUGCUUGACGUUCAGAACAGGAUCUCUGAUUUGGGCUACACGGACAUUCUUUUCGAGGAGGAGGUCGGUCAUCAGGCUCGUUUGUCCUCUCUGCUGGCUAGGAAAAAUAGCCUUUUGCUUCAAAAAAGUCGCGCGCACUGGCUUAAUGACGGUGACCGUAAUAUUUCUUUCUUCCAUCGUGCUAUUCACUUUCGUAAGCAAAAUCACAGGAUUGAGCACUUGAAGAUUGGUGACGUUGUCUCGUAUGAUCGGGGGAAUAUUCAGCAACAUAUUAUUGAUUUCUUCUCCUCUCUUUUUAAAGAAGAAAGCCCUAGCAACGUGAAUUGGGAUUUGCGGGAAGGUAUUAUUGAUCAAUUUGUGUCUGGGGAGCAAAACGGAAAGCUUACUCGUAUUCCUGAUGAUGAGGAGAUUAUGGCUGCAGUUUUUAGCUUGGAUGCGAACAGCUCGCCGGGUCCUGAUGGUUAUUCUGGGAAGUUUUUUCAGUUCUGCUGGAGCAUUAUCCGUUCUGAUAUUCUUACUGAUGUGCGUGCCUUCUUCCUCAACUCUUAUCUGCCUGCAGGUUGUAAUGCUAGCAUCUUAAUCUUGAUCCCGAAAAAGGAUGUGGUCGAGACGGUGGCCGAUUUGAGACCUAUCAUUUUGUCGAAUUUUUUCUUCAAAAUUAUCUCCAAAAUUCUUGCUACCAGAUUGGGUGAUGUGGCGGCUGUGGGGGUGUCGCCAAAUCAAUUUGGGGUUAAUGGUUUUCAUGGAAAGUUCAUUGAGUGGAUUUCCAUUAUCUUCAGCUCUGCCCGAAUUUCCAUUCUUUAUAACGGGCAGCUGAGUGGCUAUUUUGCUUGUUCCAAGGGGGUGAGGCAGGGCGACCCUCUUUCCCCGAUUCUCUUUGGCAUUGCUGAGGAUGUUUUGAGUCACUUAUUUCUCAAUUGUGUGACCUCUCGCCACAUCGCGCCUAUGGAUUUCAGUAGAGGGGCCAGUUUUCCUUCUCACCUGCUUUAUGCUGAUGACAUCUUGAUCUUCUGUAAGGCGUCGCUGAAAAACGCUCGCAAAGUUAAAGAAAUCUUGGAUUUCUAUGGUGAUAUCUCGGGACAAAUUUGUAACCCGACUAAAUCUCACGUUUUCUUUGGGAGGGGCGUUUCCAGCGCUAUGAAGACUCGUGUGAGUAGUGAGCUUGGUUUUGCGAUGGGAUCUUUGCCGGUCAUCUAUUUGGGAGUCCCGAUUUUCUCUGGCUGCAUGCGUGCUUCUUACCUGAUUGGUAUUUAUGAUAAGAUUGUUAAUAAGUUUUCUAGCUGGAAGGGGUUACACUUAUCUAUGGCUGGCAGAAUUUACUUGGUUCGUUAUGUGAUCCAAAGCUCGGUAACUCACUCUAUGAUGAUCUAUAGAUUGCCUAAAUCUCUCAUUUACAAACUUGACAGGAAGUGCCGCAAUUUUAUUUGGUCGAGACAUGUGGAUAAAAAGCCCUCUUGUCCGGUGAGUUGGUCUAGGGUUUGUGCUUCUCGGUCGAAGGGUGGCCUCGGGGUUAGGUCAUUUUCAGCAAUGAAUAGAAAUUUCUUGAUGAAGAUGGCCUGGAGGCUCGUGCAAGGCCGCGACUUUGCUUCUUCUGUUCUGGCUACGCGUUAUCUGUCGCGGUUUGGAUAUGCCAAGAUGCAUUUGACUUCUUCCCCGUUCUGGACUGGCGUUAGGGAGCAUGUGAGCUCUCUGGUGAAUGACUCUUAUUCCUAUAUUGGCACUGGAGAACAUAUUUAUUUCUGGCAUGACGAUUGGCUGGGUUACAAGUUGGCUGACAAGCUUCAUAUUCCGCUUUUCAUGAGGGACUUCCUACAACAAGCUGUGAGCGAUUACUUCUAUGAUGGGGUUUGGCAUUUUACUCCGGAUUUUAUCAUUCAGUUUCCUGAUCUUGUUGUGGAUAUUCUGCUGCUUCCUAUUGGGGAGGAGAGAGAUACUCGCUUCUGGAAACCUUCUGUUAGUGGGGAGGUCUCGGCUUCUCUUGCUUAUGCUUCGCAGUCUACGAACUUCCCCAAAGUCCUUUGGGGAACUUGGAUCUGGGAGCGUUUUAUUCCUGACAGAAGAUCUCUUGUCACCUGGCGGAUUCUUCAUUUGAAGAUGCCGACUUUAGAUGGUCUUAUCAAAAGGGGCAUGCACGGCCCCAAUCGAUGUGUGAUGUGUAGAAUGGCUGAGGAGUCUAUCGAUCAUUUGUUUUGGAAUUGCUGUGUUAUUCGGCAGAUUUGGGUGGUUUUCUUCGGUUGGUUUGACAAGGUGCACAUUAUGGAUUGCCUGGACAUUCAUAGCGUGUUGGCUGGUAUCUGGAACACGGACUUUAGCCCGUUGGUUCGAUCCUUUUGGAAGGCUGGGGUGAUAAAUCUUAUUUGGAAAAUUUGGGACUGCCGCAAUCAAGUGACUUUUAAUGAUGCUAGUUUCCACUUGAAUAUGAUUCUAGGAUUCCUUAAAGUCACUUUUAAGGAAAUGGAGUCCAAUUUCCCUAAGCUUGGGCGUUCUCAUAAUUCUUGGCAGGAAUAUUUGUUGCUUAGGAGGAUUGGGGUUGCCAUGCGUGCCGCUCCUCCUCCUAUGAUGAUUGAGGUUCACUGGUGGCCGCCGGCUGGGCAGUGGAUUAAGGUCAACACUGAUGGUUCGGCGCUUGGGAAUCCUGGGAGCAUUGCGGCGGGUGGCGUUUUUCGUGAUAACUGGGAUGCGGUUCUUGGUUGCUAUCACUAUAAAGGGGUCCAGGGGUUUGCUUUCGAAGCCGAACUUUUGGCGGUCAUGCAUGCCGUUAGAAUUGCUAAUUUCCGUGGAUGGCACUGGCUUUGGAUUGAAGCGGAUUCGUCUUAUGUAGUUCAGCUUCUUCACUCUCGAUCUCUGAAUGUUCCUUGGCGUUUUUUGCCGCUUUGGAAACAGACUUUAAGUUGGCUCUCGAAUUUUCGUCUUCAGAUCUCGCACAUUUAUAGAGAAGGAAACAGUGCGGCGGAUAUUAUGGCUAAUCACGCCCGGAGUGAAGGGUGGUGGCCUUUUGCUAUUGAGGAUAUCAAGACUGCGGUGGCUUUAGAUAUGGCGACGCACAGUCGCGUUCGUAUUAAGACUUGA